AUGGCGCCCCGAACUCUCCUCCUGCUGCUCUUGGGGACCCAGGCCCUGACCGAGACCUGGGCAGGCUCCCACUCCUUCAGUUAUUGCCACACCGCCGUGUCCCGGCCCGGCCGCGGGGAGCCCCGGUACCUCGAAGUUGGCUAUGUGGACGACACGCAGUUCGUGCUGUUCGACAGCGACGCCGCGAGUCCAAGGAUGGAGCCGAAGGUGCCGUGGGUGGAGCAGGAGGAGCCGGAGUAUUGGGAACUGCACACAGAGCACGCCAAGGCCCACACACGGCUUUUCCGAGUGUGGCUGCGGACCCUGCUCCGCUACUACAACCAGAGCGAGGCCGGGUCUCACACCGUCCAGUGGACGUAUAGCAGCGAAGUGGGGCCAGAUGGGCGCUUUCUCCGCGGGUAUCACCGGUAUGCCUACGAUGGCGAGGAUUACAUCGCCCUGAAUGAGGACCUGAGCUCCUGGACUGCGAUGAACCCCGUGGCUCAGAUCACCGAGCGCAAGUGGAACUCUGACGAGACAUUUGCCCAGCAACACGGGGCCUACCUGAAGGUCACGUGCGUGGAGUUGAUCCGCAGACACCUGGAGAAAGGGAAGGAGACGCUGCAGCGCCAGGAUCCUCCAAAGACACAUGUGACCCAUCACCCUAUCUCCGAUCAUGAGGCCACCCUGAGGUGCUGGGCCCUGGGUUUCUACCCUGCAGAGAUCACACUGACCUGGCAGAGGGAUGGGGAGGACCAAACUCAGGACAUGGAUCUUGUGGACACCAGACCUGCAGGGGAUGGAACUUUCCAGAAGUGGGCAGCUGUGGUGGUGCCUUCUGGAGAGGAGCAGAGAUACACCUGCCAUGUGCAGCACAAGGGGUUGCGUGAGCCCCUCACCCUGAGAUGGGAGCUGUCUCCCCAACCUGCCAUCCCCAUCGUGGGCAUCGUUGCUGGCCUGGUUGUCCUUGGAGCUGUGGUCACUGGAGCUGUGGUCACUGCUGUGAUGUGGAGGAAGAAACCAGGUAGGGAAGGGGUGAGGGGAGGGAGCUACUCUCAGGCUGCAAGUAAUGACAGUGCCCAGGGCUCUGAUGUGUCUCAUUUUUUCUGUAGUGUGAAACAGCUGCCGUGUGUGGGACUGAGAGGCAAGAUUUGCUCAUGCCUCCCUUUUGUGACUUCAAGAACCCUGACUUCUGUUUCUGCAAAGAUGUUCUAA